CCCCGAGUUUCAGGUUCCUAGAAAGGCAGCUUCAUACCCACCAUGAGGGGAACAAGAAGCCCCCGAAACAAGUGAGGUAGAAAGAAACCCACCGAACCCACCGUCCCAUCUCAGCUCCCGGCACUGACAUCGAGCCCCCGGGAGAGAGCUGAAAGGCCCCCCCCACCACACCGACCACAGCGACAUGCCUCUCUUCAUGCACAUCAAGGAACACUCCGCUUCUUUCUGUGCUGCUGACACCAGGAGUCAAAUGAGUAACUGGGUGUGAGAAGGAGAAAAGAGGACGUUACCAACCAACAAGAAUCUUUUUCAACACUCUGCUGCGCAAUACGAAGUCUACCAUGCCUCGGUCGUUCCUCGUGAGGAAUAAAAGGACUCACCUGUUGGUGCAUUUAAAGGAAUCCUAUAAACAGCACUCUCAGCCCCCCGAGGAAGAACCAGAGAGGGGUCCUUCGUCCCCGAUGUUGGGGGUCAAAGACUUUCUGUCGUGCUCACCGUCUCUCAGCGCCCCCACACACGGUCCCUGGCCUUCAGUGGAGGGCAGAGAGGUUCCUCUGCAGGCGUCUGAGAGGGAGCGGCAUCUGGAGGGUCUGGUCUUCAUGUUGCUGAAACACACUUCACACACUGACCUGCGAUCCCCCGUCAGCGAGUGUCCGCUCUGUGGGAAGUCUCUUUCAGAAGUUUUAACCUCAGGAGUUGGUCUUCAGGCUCAUCUUCACACGGCGCUCUCUCUUCCUUCACCUCGAUCUCCCUCCGCCGGAGACCCCGUGCCCUUUGGCUUCAGAGCGUUAGGCAGCUAUGGUAGAGCUAAGGAGCGUAACUUUGGCUGUAAGGUGUGUGGUAAGGUGUUCAAGCGCUCGUCCACUCUGUCCACACACCUGCUCAUCCACUCAGACACCAGACCCUACCCCUGCCAGUACUGUGGGAAGAGGUUCCACCAGAAGUCAGACAUGAAGAAACACACCUUCAUACACACAGGUGAGAAACCCCACUUGUGCAAGGUGUGCGGGAAAGGCUUCAGCCAGAGCUCCAACCUCAUCACUCACAGCAGGAAGCACAGCAGCUACCGGCCGUUCAGCUGCAAUCACUGCCAGCACAGCUUCCUGCGCCGCGCAGACCUGCAGAAACACAGAGAGACACCGUGUGGAUACACAGAGACAUACACACAAAACUGAGACUAUGAGAUACACACAUCCUUUACUCAAGUACAAGUACAGAUACUCGUGUUUAAAAAUACUCUGGUAAAAGUAGAA